AUGCAUGUCCCAUCACCUUCAAAGCAGAAGCACAAAUCGCCACUUCCCAAAAGUAGACGUCAAAAGAGGACCUCAAAAUCUGGACAUUCGGAAUCAUCAAUUUCCGAGAAGCGGGAGGAGAAAGAGUCUCCAGACUCGCUGCUAAACUAUUUGAACAUUGAAGACGUUUCUGCACCUCUCAUUGAAGGUGUAACAACAACAACAACACUGGCGGAGAGGUUUAAAGGCAUGCACAUUGCAAAGAAACAUCCAAUGCAAAUUAUUCCAUCACCAACAAGCGUUGCAGAAACGGCAGUGCCGCCUUUAGAGAAGUUAGAACCCCGUAGUCCAUGGAAACCAUCGGAAUCGAAUCAAGAAGAAGUGAAUGUGGAAAAGCAUCCAAUGCAAAUUAUUUCAGCACCGACGAAUGUUCAGGCCUCAGCUGUGCCAACUGUUGAAAAGAUGGAGUCUUGCACUUCGGAAAUCCCACUUCGACCAGAAGAGGAAAGAAUGGACACUGAAGCAGUCGGCGUCCCCGCCUCCCCACCUUCCAAGAAUGAGCGUCUUGAGGAGGAGCACCAGUCAUUUGCUGCAGUGGUGGAACAAACUGUAGCCACAGAAGCCUCGCCUGUUGUUGAAUCUUUGCAUAUUGUAAAGAAACAUCCAAUGCAAAUUAUUCCAUCCCCAACAACUGUUCCAGAAUCAUCGGUGACAUCAGGUGAGAAGGUAGAACCUCAAAGGUCCGCAAAACCACUGGAGUCGAAUCAAGAGGAUGGAGAUGCUGUAGUGACUGGUGUUGCAAGCUCUUCAUCUCCUCCGGUUGAACACACUGAUGACCAGCAACCCUCCACAGUUGAGCCGGAACAAACUGCACAACCACUAACUGAAGGGAAAUCGGAAACCGCUGCUGUUGACGUCACAGAAUCGUUGCGCAUUGUACAAAAGCAUCCAAUGCACAUUAUUCCAACACCAACAAAUGUUCUGAAGUCAGCAGCGCCACUCACUUCGGAAGAAAAACUGGAGGUGACUCAGACAGCCGAGGCGGUUCCAACUACAACUAAAGAAAAGCAGAAUUUAGUAAAAACGGGCGCAAAGUCAACAAAAUCUAUUGAUAAGAAACGUGGUAAGAAAACGCCGAUUACAAUCCCAACCAUUGAAACGACAACCGUGUUGGAGACGGAGCCCAAAACAUCGCCACUACCUAAUGAGGAUACAAAAGCUGAGGCGGAACCGCUGAUUAACGUUGAAAUGGAUAUCUCUCCUUCAACAGCCGAGGUUGUCAACUCCGAAAACCUAACCACUGAGCAUCAAGAGGCAUCUGGGAAGGCGUCACCGAGUUCACUUGAUAAGAAACGGAGCAAAACGUCGCCACUGGGGUGUACAAAAAGACAGCGUGAAAAGAGAGUGUCUGGAAGUGAGCCGAAGGAGACUUCAUUCCCCACGCCUGAACCCACAGCACAACCGAUUAAACAGCAUCAACUCUCCGACGUGGAGAAGGCAUCAAGUUCACCGGAUAGGAAGGAAGGCAAUACAUCGCCUCUACUACCUGUGGAGGAGAAGGCAAUGCUUUCAAGUGUGAAUGUGGAU